ACGGGGCUUUCCAGAUGUUAGAGAACAACUCGUGCAGUGGAGAGCUGCGUAAACAUUGGAGCUAUCCUCAGGAUUACAAGCCUCAAAUAUAACAACAGUUCCGUUCAAGGAUUCUUGAAGUCGUGUAACGAAUUAUUAGUUUAUUCUGAUAUUUCUGUUGUUGUUGCUGCUGUGUGGUGCCUGUACUAUUUGGACUUGUAAUGACCAGCAACAUCUGGACUUCACACUUGGAGUUGCAGAGUAAAAUAAGAGCAGAUGCAGGGGUUGCAAACGGAAUGGCUGGAGGAGUGAGAAUGGAUGACUCGCAAUACCCCAUAAAGAUGCUGGACAAUGAGUUUUUUAUGGAAAACAGCUACAUUGACAAUGCAUUCAUGCCACACUUGGACAUCAAGAGUGAACCGUACGUCAUUGAAACUGUUGAUGGUCCCUAUUUACAAAUAAUAGAAGAACCAAAAAAGCGGGGCUUUCGUUUCCGAUAUGAGUGUGAGGGCCCAUCACACGGGGGGUUACCAGGAGCAUCCAGCGAAAGGAACAGAAGAACAUACCCUACUGUCAAGGUGUGUAACUACGUUGGCAACGCUCGAGUAGAAGUGCAGUUGGUGACCCAUACGGACCCCCCUCGCGUGCACGCUCACAGCCUGGUGGGGCGUCAGUGCAACGAGAACGGCACCUGCGUAGUGGACGUGGGGCCCAAUGACCUCCAGGCCAUGUUUAGUAAUUUGGGUAUUCUGCAUGUGACCAAGCGAGGCGUAUUGGACGUGCUGUUUAAGAGGCUGAAAGAGGAGAGGAGACGGCAGAGGGAGACUGCAUUUCACUCAAGUGACACGGAUGAGCAGGCUAUAUUAAAUGAAGCCAAGGAGCUGGCCAGGUCUAUGGAUCUCAACAUUGUGCGCCUCAAGUUCACAGCGUACCUCCAGGACAGCACGGGGGCCUACACCAGGGCCCUAAAACCCGUCAUCUCCAACCCCAUUUACGACAGCAAAUCACCCAAUGCUUCAAACCUGAAGAUUUCGCGCAUGGACAAGACCUGUGGUUCAGUGCUUGGAGGAGAUGAGAUCUUUCUCCUUUGUGAUAAAGUGCAAAAAGAUGACAUAGAUGUCCGGUUUUACGAGGAGGACGAUGCUGCGCCUGGAGUUGGGCCUUGGGAGGCCUUUGCAGAUUUCUCCCCCACAGAUGUACACAAGCAGUAUGCCAUAGUGUUCAAGACUCCGCCAUACUACAGAACGGAUAUAGAGAAAGCCGUCACAGUGUUCAUACAGCUCAAGAGGAAGAAAGGGGGGGACUGCAGCGAACCCAAACAGUUCACCUACGUGCCUUAUGUCGCAGAUAAAGAGGAAGUCGAACGGAAACGUCAAAAGCCCAUACCGCACCCGCACUUUGACUGGAUGGGGCCGUCCGAGAGGGGCCCUGGGGGAUUCGGGGGCUCAGGAGGAGGCCAUGGAGGUGGAGGAAGCUAUCGAUUCGGCCACCACAUGGACGGCUCAGGCUCAGGCUUCUAUGGUGGUGGUGGUGGUGGUGGUGGUGGGGGCUGCAGUGGCUACAGUGGAGGUGGCGGUGGAGGAGGAGGAGGGGUUAUGCACAUGGCGGCCUCCUCCGCUCCCCAGGCAGGGGGCGUCCAGCAGCAGCAGCAGAAGGGAGGAGUUAGCAACACGUCACAGUCACCCAGCGCGUCACCAUCUCUGGUGCAGAAGCAGCUCCUGCAGAUUGUUGCAGCGCUCCAGAACAAAGCAACGCACACGGCCAAGCGUACGGCCAAAGCACUGCUGGACUACUGCAGCACUGGAGAUGUGCGCCCCCUCCUGGCCGUGCAGAGGCAGCUGUGCGGGGUGCAGGACGAGAACGGAGACACGCCGCUGCAUCUAGCCAUCAUCCACCAGCAGCCUGCCGUGGUGCAGCAGCUGCUUCACGCCAUCAUGACCAUCCCCCAGCACAACAUCAUCAACAGGCUCAACCACCUGGGACAGUCCCCUCUGCAUUUGGCGGUGAUAACGCGUCAGCUGAAGGUGAUGGAGGUGUUGCUGCGUUUGGGUGCGGACCCCUCUGUGCCGGACCGCGACGGCCGCACCGUGCUGCACCUGGCCGCCCACGCGGGCGAUGAGGCCACGCUCCGCCUACUGCUCACGCUCCUGGGCGACAGACACGCCCACCUCGUCAACACCGCCGACUUCUCAGGCCUGUACCCUCUGCACAUGGCGGUGAGGAGAGGGGGAGAGCGCUGUUUGCGCCUCUUAGUGGAGAAUGGGGCGAAGAUCAACGCUCAGGAGCAGAAGAGUGGACACACCGCCCUGCACCUCGCCGUCAAGGACAACCUCUUCAAAGUGGCCUGUUCACUCAUUACUGAGUUGAAGGCAGAUGUGAAUGUGUGCACGUUUGGCGGAAACAGCCCUCUUCACCUGGCAGCUAGCCAAGGCUCGCCUCCUCUCUGUUCCAUGCUCAUAGCCGCAGGUGCUAACAAGGACCUGGAGAACGACGAGCCUCUCUUCUUCAGCUCGUCUUCGUCAGACGAAGAUGAGGAGGAGAAACAUGUGCGGCCGGCAGACAGGGGUCAGGAGGAGAGGGAAGAGGAAGUGGACAUCGGAGGACAGGUGCAGGCCGUUUCCUCCACUCUGGAGCGCGUGCAGAUCAACCCACGCAAGAGGCCAGCAGGUGGACACCGGCCGUUCGACCUGGCCAAGUGCCAGAAGGUAAGGAACCUUCUGGAGAGUAGCCACAGCUCCAAGCCUAGUCCUCCUCUCUGGCGCACGACGAAGAGGCCAAAGCAGAGCUCGGAAGAAAUCGCAGGGGGCAGUCCUCACAUAGACGGCGAGCUGUUGGAGCGUCUGUCUGGCCUCCUCAGCCAGAGCCGGGUGCCCUGGAGAGACCUGGCGGAGAAGCUGGGCAUGCUCACUCUGGCCCACCUCUACCAGGAGAGCCCCUCGCCCUGCCACAACCUUCUGGAGAACUACCAGCUGGCAGGGGGUCCGGUUGAAGGCUUGGUGGAUGCUCUUCAGGCCUUGGGUCUGAACGAAGGGGUCAGAUUGCUGAGACAGUCACAGCUGACAGAAGACAAACAGAGCACCGUGGACACGACGGUGGACAGCGGCUUUGGCAGCCAGGGCAUGGAGGAAGAGGAUGGAGAGCUGCCUGCCAUGGCAACCUCCUAACUCAGCCAAUAGGAUACCUCCAGGUCAUGGAAUGGCCAAUAGAAAACUCGCGUAGAUGAGGAAAACAGAGACUUUGUGUAUCUUAUUGUAUUUCGCUGAUAUUGUUUAUCCAAAGUGACUUACAUUUUGAUCUUCCAGUGUGCUGUCAUGAGUCGAAUGUGUUUAAAACCUCAACUUCGAUAAGGAUGUUAAUAUUAAAUAACUAUGUGUAAUGCCGUUAUUAUGGUAUCAUAUAAUAGUAAUUAUAUUAUACUGUGUAUACUAUAAUUAUAUUUUUACUGUAUAAAGAACAUUUUGUCUCAUCUCAGAGCUACCUUGGUAUAUCAUAACCAUCCCUGAUAGAAGUUUACUUUCAGCAUGUCAGUGUCUCUUGAAAUAUGUCUGUGCGACUCUAAACAUGUUGCGUCUUAGUAUGUCUUUGAUGUGCAGUAUGCUUGUUACCCUUCUCUCAAACGUUGUCUUUACCAACUCUGUACACAGUUUAAACAUGUUGUUGAUAUAAAUUAAUAUAAUGUUUCACUGUCCCUGAAUCUGAUUUUUUUCUUUCUUUAAAUAUAUGGAAUCCCCUCGUUGCCAUCACCUACCCGGAUGUCAUACAGUGACUGUGUGCAGUUUCUACAGAAUGUACACAGUAAAACCAGUUUUACAGCAAGCAAGCAUCUGUUGAACGUCACCCUCAGCAUUUCUCAUGGCUUAAAAAGACUUUAUUCUUCUGCUGCUGUUUUCAAAACAUACGAACAGUGUAGCAAUUGAGGCGUGAUAUUCACAGUAUAUACAUAGCUAAUAUGAACAGCCCCAUACCAAAUAAACAAAACCAAAGUAAGGAAUGAGUGAUGCGACACAAUGAGAUGCAACGAACAGAGCUACUGUACAUUUUACCAGCAUUCAGUAAAAACUCUUAUGUUAAACUGCCUUUAAGUCAACACAUUUUAAUAGUACUUACAAAUACUCAACAAGACAUGAACAACAGAUGUCCAAAAAUAUAGAUAUAUACACACAUGUAUGUAUAUAUAUAAAUAAAUCUCUUAACGUUUGAUGUGCACCCUAAGUACAAGAAAUACCUAAAGUGCCACUGAGGUUCUCUACCUAAUCUCACACUUUAAAGUAACACUAAGUAGUUUUCCCCUUACACACCAUACAUAUUGAGGCAGAUCUGUCUCUAAUUUGAACUACAGAGAUAACGUGCCUCUCGAAAUUAUUUUAUUAGAUUUAGUGCCGUUUUUACCCAUUGAGGGAGGCACCAUAACUUCUUCAGAAGGGCCUUUCACCUUGUGACAGACUGAUAUGCCUUUGAAAUCAUUUUCAAAACAUUACAAGUAAAAAAAAACUGCUUAGUGUUUCUUUAAGCCACAGAAGCACACAAGAUGCUUGUCUCUCACUACCCACCCACACAUCUGGCCCUGUCCUUCAAGGAGCCACUGCCAUGAAGUUACAGGAGAUAUCAAGAUUGUCUGUCUGUGUAGAGGUUUGACACCAUACUUGGCCCCGGGUCAAGGAGUCAAGUCAAGACCUUGUUUGUAAAAUAUCUGCCCUUUAGUGUUUACACAGUGUCAUAGUUCCAGUUAUACUCUGAGUAGAAAAAGGUGUAUGAGCCCCAAGUAUAAGUCAGAUCACAUUUGAACAGGUAACUCAGAAACCAGGCACUGCUAUUCUGAAUAAAAAGUUGUACGUCUAUUUAAAUAGGUCACAUAGACACAGGCCUCUAGUUGCACUGCACUGACUGUCAAUGCCGCCAAGUCCAAAGCCAGGGUGCCACCAGAGGCCAUUUCCCAUGGACCACAGAGCUCCACCUUUUGGCUGAAAACAUGCAUUACAGUCUCCAUCUGACCCUGAGAACAGGUUGGCUGUGCCAAGGUCCAGUCAUGUACACGCAAAACAUUACUCUUACUUUAGCUCAUAGAAACAUUUUCAUAUAGUAAAUAUAUUUAAAUAUAUAUAUAUACAAAUACAAUUCACAGGAUGUGGUUUAAAGCAGUGCACAUUCACACUGAACAGUCACUUCAUCACUUUCAUUGUCAUCUUGCUUCCCUUUGGGCCUAUGUUAAACAUUCAAAGUGGUCAGCCAGGAAAAAGAAACGGUUUCUUCACUUUGUUUUUGAGUGGUAAACAAGCAGUGUAACAAAUGAGGGAAUUAAGAUUCUUUUUUAAAAAGACAUCAAAUCAUAAGCAUGCUUUGAGUCAUGCAUUACCAGACAUCUCAUACAUAGAGAGGUCUUUCCUUUAAAUCUAAAUAAUCUUGUGAUGCUGUGCUUGGGAAAUCCAGUUAUGGAAUGAUUUCAUUCACUUCUUCUCACGUGACAACAAACCAACAGAUAAAGACGGGAAAAAUAAACAGGAAAUGUUUGUCCCUUUUCAGUCACUAUUUGGCAGGUAGCCACCCGUGUCUCCAGUCCAGACCGUCAUGGCAACCAGGUUGCCAUGGAGCAGGGACUGUGUGUCCAGAAUCCUGUACCACUGUUUUGUUCUGAGGAGUUAUGGGUAUGUUUCUCAUGGCCCUAAAGCACCUUCCGAGGGAAAUGACAACAAUUAGUCCGACAAUGGUUGCCAUUAAAAGAAGCAUAAUGAUCAGUUUUAAUGUGUUAGCCAGAAAUAAAAUCCAACCUCAGAGAUGAUUCGAAGCUGGCGGUAUUCCUUCAGAAAGAAGUCAGAUGAAUAUAUUCCCAUACAUUCAUCCACCUUCCCCAAUGUCCUUUCUUUGCGUGAAUGUCCCUCAACCCCAGGGCACAGGGCACACUGGGUGAGAUGCUCACUUCUGUCAUACACCAGAUGUGGAACUGUGAAUAUUCAGUCGCAAGGAUGAAACCACAAUCUGGUCAAGCAUAGGCGGAAAUAAAAUCAAUCCACCGGUCUUGGUCAAACUUCAAACAGGGUUAUACGACAAGCAGGUGGAGAACUGAAAGCUGCCCUCCAGACCAAACCAUUCACCUCAAUGCAGCCCAAGCUGCCACCCAAGAAA